UCAACGUCUCUUUCCCUUUAUCUCUCUCUCUCUCUCUCUCUCUCUCUCUCUCUCUCUCUCUCUUGUACUCAGUCUUUUCUGUUUCCAGAUCAUCUAGAAACUCACUGAUAGAACGUACGUUAACACUGAACAAUGGGAAGAUCACCAUGUUGUGAUAAAAACGGACUCAAGAAAGGUCCAUGGACACAAGAGGAGGAUCUCAAACUCAUGGAAUAUAUUCAACUUCAUGGACCUGGUAAUUGGCGAACCCUUCCCAAGAACGCUGGACUUCAACGAUGUGGAAAAAGUUGUCGUCUUCGUUGGACAAAUUACUUGAGGCCUGAUAUCAAAAGAGGAAGAUUCUCAUUUGAAGAAGAAGAAACUAUCAUUCAACUACACAGUAUGCUGGGGAAUAAGUGGUCAGCAAUUGCUGCUCGUUUACCUGGAAGAACCGAUAAUGAAAUCAAAAACUACUGGAACACCCACAUUCGCAAAAGGCUACUCAGAAAUGGAAUCGAUCCAGUGACUCAUAGUCCUCGUUUAGAACUCAUGGACCUUUCUUCCAUACUCAACUCAGCUCAACUAAAUCUCUCAAACCUUUUGAACCUCCAUACGCUUGUAAAUCCCGAAGUUCUUAGACUUGCCACUCUAUUAGCCACAUCUUCGAGUCAAGAAAACCAAGAUUUGUUUUUCAAUAACCAAAUGAAUCCUAUGAACCAAACUCUUCAUCACCAGCUUCCAAACUGCACUUCCAUUCCAACAAGUGUUCCAAGUAGUCAGCUUUUGAAUCAAGAAAGUCACAGUGAUCAGUAUUUUUCACCUAACAUGGUUAACAUGAAUGGUCAAGUUGUUGAUGGAAAUUUCAUGCCCCCAUGCAUAUCGAAUGAUCUUGUUACCCUUCCAAUCGAAACGCAAAGUGAUCAAUAUAGGGCACAGACAUCAGAGACCUCGAGUUUCGAGCCAUCAAUUGUAGAAAAUAAAUACAACCCUACAAACCAGAAGGCCCAGAACUUCAACUUUGAUUCGGUUUUAUCAACACCCAUGUCAAGUCCUACGCCACUGAACUCAUCAUCAACAUUCGUCAACAGCAGCUCCACUGAGGAUGACAGAGAAACUUACUGCAGCAUGUUUAAAUUUGAGAUUCCAGAAAGCUUUGAGUUUGAAGAUUUCAUGUUAUAGCUAGCUAGUGCGACUACAAUGUGAAUGGAACCAGGUGGCUGUUUUUGACAAUGGUCCAUUCGAGCUGUUAGGAUGUGGUGUUCUUUUGCUGGAAGUUUUAUCAUUUUGUGAAUAAUACAAGUUUGUAUUAUUGAGUUAGUUUUAUAUAAAUAAUGUUGUUUUUUAAUUAGCUUUUCUUCUCAUCCAUUACUGUAGAACAAGCAUGCUAUAUACAGAUUCUCCUCCUAUUA